AAAAAAAUAAGUGACAGUUUUCUGUAAUCAGUUGACCAGAUGCUUUUGUAAUUUUUUAAGAUAUUCUUUUAUUCAAAUGUAAACGAGUUUACAAAAAGAUAUUUAUUUUAAUCGAAUGCAAAACAAUUGAAACAAUCUGACAUUGUUUUACUUCAAAAGAAAUACUAAAAAGGAAAAGUAUCUUAACAAUGGCGGGUAAUUUUUGGCAAAGUUCACAUCAUCAGCAGUGGCUGUUAGACAAGCAAGACCUUAUUCGCGAUCGCCAACAUGAUUUAUCAAAACUAACAGAAGAAGAAUACCAAAAAAUAUUUAAUUUUUUCGCAAGUAUUAUCCAAGUUUUAGGGGAACAACUCAAACUUCGCCAGCAAGUGAUAGCCACAGCCACUGUUUACUUUAAAAGAUUUUACGCAAGAAAUUCUCUAAAGUGCAUAGAUCCCUUGCUAUUAGCCCCUACAUGUGUGUUUCUAGCAUCUAAAGUUGAGGAAUUUGGUGUUAUUUCUAACUCACGAUUAAUAACAACAUGCCAAACAGUAAUUAAAAAUAAAUUCAGUUAUGCAUAUGGACAGCAAGAGUUUCCUUAUAGGACUAAUCAUAUCCUAGAAUGUGAAUUUUAUUUGUUAGAGAACUUGGAUUGUUGCUUGAUUGUCUACCAACCAUACAGACCAUUGUUGCUGUUUGUACAAGAUAUAGGUCAAGAUGAUCAACUAUCAACAUAUGCUUGGAGAGUUGUCAAUGACUCCCUUCGCACCGAUGUUAGUUUGCUAUAUCCACCAUACCAGAUUGCCAUUGGUGCAUUACAUAUCGCUUGUGUUAUGCUUGGUAAAGAAAAUUUAAAGCCUUGGUUUGCAGAACUUAAUGUAGAUAUGGACAAGAUACAAGAAAUAGUAAGAGCUAUAAUUAAUUUAUAUGAAAUGUGGAAAAACUAUGAUGAGAAAAAGGAAAUUCAAGCUCUCCUUGGAAAAAUGCCAAAACCAUCUCCUGCUCCACAGAGAUAAUGCUUAACAAUUAAUAUUAGAAUGAAUAUAUGUAUUAGUAU